AUGUCGGCACCACUGGUCAAGGUGCUACACCGAUUGCGAGAGUUGUUCCAUAACGUUCUCGCCACACUCGAAAGCAUGAUCCUGUUCCCCUCAUUCUUCCGUGGCCUCUCGCGACGGCGCCAAAAGACGUUCCUCGGCGCCCAUGGAAAACGCCGCAGCCUCGAUCACUUCGCCGAAGAAGUGGAGACCUUGUGCUCCACGCCGCUAUCAACGCGCAACAUGGUCGAGAUGUCUGAGAAGAUUCGCGCCCAGUUUCGGGAAUGUUUACAGACUAGCCCAUUCUGUAUGCUUCCAUCCUACAAUACUACACUUCCUGCUGGCACGGAAAAGGGCACUUAUCUGGCAUUGGAUGUGGGUGGAUCGACGUUUCGCGUAGCUCUGAUUGAACUAAAUGGCCGGCAUGAGGAAGUACGCAUCUUGAAAGUGUCGUCUGUACACAUUGACGAACAACUCAAGAUGCUCGAAGGGACACAAUUCUUCGAUUGGAUGGCAGGGCAGAUUGAGACCAUCUUAAAGGAAGUUGGGGCAGACUACGGCCGUGGCGAUGUACCGCUGGGGAUGGGGUUAUCUUGGUCUUUCCCCAUUGAACAGAUAUCGCACAACCGCGGGUUGGUGAUUCACAUGGGUAAGGGAUUUAAAGCCUCCGUUGGCACGGUAGGCCAGGAACUGGGUGAUCUCCUCAUCCAAUCAUGUCGCAAGCGCAAUUUGAACGUCGAGGUUGCCGCUAUCGUGAACGACAGCUCGGCAGCUCUACUGUCGCGGGCCUAUGUCGAUCCCAAGACUCGAAUGUCUCUCAUUUUGGGUACCGGUACCAACAUGGCAAUUCACUUCCCAGUGCAUGAGAUUGGAACGUCCAAGUUCGGAGUCCGUCCGGAGGGUUGGUUUGGCCACGCCAAGCAUGUCCUCAUCAACACCGAGAUGAGUAUGUUCGGCGGAGGAGUGCUUCCUACGACACGGUGGGAUGACAUGCUGAAUCGCACGCAUCUGCGUCCCAACUAUCAGCCGCUCGAAUACAUGAUCACAGGUCGGUACCUAGGUGAGAUUGUGCGUCUGAUCAUUGUCGAGGCAACUGAGACUGCCCGCAUGUUUGGCGGCGAGCUUCCACACUCCAUGCGUGAACCUUAUUCCUUCGAUACAAGUAUCGUCGCUUGCCUCGAAGAGGACUCCUCUCCGUCGCUUUCCACCUCGGCCGCCCUCCUGCAGAAGCUGCAUGCCUUCCACAACCAACCCUCCGUUGACGAUCUGCGAUUUCUGCGCCGCAUCUCGCAGACAGUCUCCCGUCGUGCCGCCGGAUACCUGGCGACAGCCAUACACAGCAUGUGGUGCCUUCGUAACGAGGCGGAAUUCCCCACACCCCCUUCUACUGUCGACUCUUUCGAUAAGGAAUCUCCUGAAAUCACAAUUGUCGAGCACGGAGACUCGGAUAAGAGCCUUUCCAUCGCCUGCGACGGCGCCGUCAUCAAUAAGUAUCCUGGCUUCCGCGCUGCCUGCCAGAGCUAUCUGGAUCAGUUGACGGAGGAAACAUCACCGGGUGCCGGAUGCUCCAUCCGUCUCAAUCCGGCCCCUGAAAGCGCCAUUCUCGGUGCGGCAGUGGCAGUGGCUAUCUCCGUUGCUUGA